AACUAAUGAAUAAUGAGUUAAAUAUUUAUGUAGAUUUACAUUGAAUACGUAAUUUACAGUAAUGGAAAAAAAAAAAAGGAAAGAAGAUAUGAUUAUAUUAUUUUCAUCUAAUAUUUAUCGUAGUGUCAUAACAAAUAACUACUUUAUACCUAACCUAAAGCACUCAUAAAUAGUGCAGUUUUUAAUCUAAUCAACACAAAAUUGAAAAUAUUUUAAGUUUAAAAUAAAAUAAUUUUUAUGUAUUGUGACAUGAAGAGAAAUACAUGCAACUUACAUUAUGGAAACAAAACUUAAUAUUAAAAGUUGUGGAACUAUUAACGAUGAAUCUAAUUGCUUAAAUUAUUCUAGUAUGGUACAUAGUAAAAAAGUUGUUAAACAUGCUCUUCGACAACAAGUAAAACGACGCAGAAAAAAUACAACAAUUGCUUCAGGAAAUUCUCGUUCGUUACCAAAAAUUGUCCAUGCUUUACCUUCCACAAUAUCAAGUGAUCUAUCUUUAUCUGGAAUUAGUAGUCAACAAAAUAAUAUUGUUAUUGAAGAAACAGCUGUUACAAUGAAAGAAGUAUUAGCCAGUUUGCCAGGAUUUAGUAUUAAAUCUAAUCGUCGACGAUCAACCAAACGAUUAUCUGUAGCUGCUCAAUUAGAAGCUGGCUUGGUAGAUUUAGAGUCGCCAGCCAGUAUCUUAGCUAAUACUAGUUUGAGAGCUCUUUUAAAUAGACAUACAUUCCAAGGAUUACCUCCAUUAUAUCAGAGAAAAUUGGCGCAACUGUUACCUGUGGUAGACAGGCAGGAUGCGGCUACUUCUGGAUUAAAUAAUGAAUUUUUUGCAAGAGCAUGUCAAGAAUGGCGAAAACGAUUAGCCGAAGGUGAGUUUACACCAGAAAACCAACAACGACUAAAAAUGGAAGCAGAAAAGGAUAAAAGUAAAUUAGAUCCCUGGAAAUUGAAACAUUUUGAACCAAUUUGGGGUGAAAAACGAGAAAUACAUAAGCUACGAUCUGGAAUACAUUGUAUAAAUAAAGAACAAAGAUACACUAAAUCUGUUACACGAUCGAAUUUAAGGACUCAAACAGAGUCUAAUUUACACUCAAUUUUUACUGAUAAUCAAUCCCCAAAUUUGUCUUUGGAAGAAAAAACAAAUCAAAGUGAAUUAACUAUUACAAAUAAUCUUUCCAGUGAGUCACGUUCAGUUUCAAUAAAUGAUCAAAGAGUUAUACCAGAUUUUAACGUUUCUGUAAGAAUUUUAGAAGAAGAUGAAGAUGAUGACGAUAACGAGGAAGAUGAUGAGUACGAAGAUGAUGAUGAUGACGAUGACGACGACGAUGAUGAGGAUGACGAUGAAGAUGACGAAGAAGAUGAAGAUGAUGAUGAUGAAGUGGAAACUCAAGUUUCUCUUACUUAUUUAGAUGAAAGAGCUCAACAUUGUAGAGCAAUAAUUGUAGCGAGUGCAAAUAACGAUCAAUUAUAUAAAGAUCAGCGUACUUCCACGGAAAUAGCCUUGAAUGAAAAAUCAAAAUAUUCGAAAGGGAUGAUAUUAGACUUUAUAAAUGAUGGUAAAUAUCUCGAAAUUGAUAUGAAAGUAAAGGAAGAUCCCGAAUUACAGAAACAAAAUAUUGAAAAAUCUCUAAGUUCUUCUGUUAAAGAUUUUAAAAAUUUUCCCAAUAAUAAUUUUAAUAGUAAAUCAAGUGACUGUUCUAUGCUAGGAAAUCAAGAUCAACUCUUUAAAUUAUCUGAAAGCAAUUUAUCUGAAUCGAGUAUUCAAAUAUAUGAAGAUUCUAUAUCUAAGUUAAAAUUUACUGUGAAAGAUGAGUCAUUUGGAGCAGAUAUUGCAAUUAACGAAAAUGCAACAAAUAAAGAGAAAUCAUUCAAAGAUUCUAACUUAUGCUGUGAGGAUAAUAAUCGAAUUAAUUGUGAAGAAAGUAAUAAUGUAACAACAGGUAUAUCUGAAGUAAUUGAGAUUGAUAAUGAAACCUUACAACGGAUUCAUGAACUUGAGGUUCGAGGGGAAAUGCAAGAAGCUUACGAAGAAAUUUCAGGGUGUCCAGAAGAAAUAAUAUACCCAAUCUUAGAAGAUAUGGAAAUAAAUUCUAAUAAUACCAAAGUUUCAAAUACAUCAAGCGUUUCCGAAACUACUGUAAAUGAAGAAAUAAAUAAUAGUGUUAAUACAAGAACUCAGGAAGAAGCAUUUCAAGAAGCUAAUAAUUAUGUAUGUUCUGAAAUGUUGGAUUGUAGUUGGACAUCAAAUACAAAUGAAAAUAAUAUUUCUAAUGAUCGAGAAGAAUUACAAGUUCCUUGGCCUUUAGUUGCAGCUGCAUUAGAUAAUACUGUGCCAACUAAUAUUACUAUUACAACAUCAAAUGAUUGUAAUAAUUCACAAUCAUUCAUUAAUCAAAAAAUUCCACUUCAUCAAGAUGAAUUAGUUAAUAUUGAAGAAAAUUCUGAAUCUAUUAGUUGCAUUCAAUUGCCUGUCACUCCUUUUAGAUCAGAAGCUUUGCGUAUUACAGCUCCAGUAACAUCGUGUUUAAUGAAAAAUGCACAUACGACUCAAAGUUCAUCUAUAAUCACAUUUCCACAAUUACAAUCAAUUCGCUUUGUACAAACAAAUUUUCAAACUACAAUUGAACAUAGUUCAUCAGAAAAUAUUCCUAACACUGCAUCACUGUGUACCCAAAUUCAAACUUCCACACAUGAACCGCAAAAUAAUUUAAGCAAUGCCGUACAAAGUACGGCAUUAUGUAAAAAUCAAAAAGAUAUUCAUCACGAAUUUGACGUAGAAAACGAAUAUCAAGAUCAGCUGCAAAAUGCUCUUUCACAAACUGCUAUUCAACAUCAAAAUAUGCAAACACAAAGUACUAUAGUACUUCAACAACAAACAUUGCUGCCAUUACCAUCUCGUCAAAUCAUAACAACAUUACAACCUAAUCAGCAAUCUCAUUACCCAAUGAUAAUGAAUGUACAGUCAAAAGGUAAUAGAAACACAGGCAUGCAGAAUACACACCGUUCAGUUCGUAGUGGAAAUAGAGAUCAAAACAAUGGACGGUCUCGAAAUGUUACCAAAGAACCUCCAGGUGCAGUGAAUUUAGAACGAAGUUAUCAAAUUUGCCAAGCUGUAAUCGCCAGUUCACCAAAUAGAGAUCAACUGAAAGCUCAUUUAAAACCACCACCAAGUCUAUUAACAAAAAGUGAAAAAUUAAUAAUAAAUAAUAAGUUUAGUACUCGUAACUCGAAUCCGAUUAAGGCUCAUAAAAGUAUAAAUCAAGAUCCUUCACUGAUUUCUACUAAAUCUCAAGGUGUUGUGCUGAAACAUAUUUUCGCAAAUGCUCAUCAAAAUUGUUUAGAAGAGAUUUCAGAAAAUCAAACCGAGUACGAUAAUCACGGUGAAAUUGGACAAUACAUAUUUGUAAAAAGAACAGGUAAUGAAAAUACUCCUCGGGCAUCUUCCGCUCCACCAAUGCCUCCACAAAUUGCAGGAAUGAGUAUUGGAGUUCAUAUGGUACAUGGUAGACCAGCAAGUGCUGGUGAAAACUCACAUCAAGCUAUUUCAUUAAGAAAUAAAGGAAAUAAUUUUCGUUCUGGUGGUGCUGAACCUAACACUCCUAGUAUUAUUAUAGGAGGUAAUCCUCCAUUUCCAUGUGAAUGUAGUAUAGGAGGAGCCAUGGUAGUAUGUCGUCAAUGUGGUGCUUUUUGCCACGAUGAUUGUAUUGGACCCCAAUGUAUUUGUGCUAUUUGUCUGAUUCGUUAAAAUAUUAUAUAUAUUUGUUUAUUUAAGUAUCUUGUA